AUGAGAAGGCUUAUAGGGUCAGGAGAUUCUGUUGCUGUCCUAAAGGAGCCGUGGCUUAUUCAUGACGAUGAUCCAUUUAUUUCAUCAAUUCAUCCUGUACUGAAUAAUGCUAAGGUAAGUUCUCUGAUGAAAAUAGGUGUGAGGGAGUGGGAUAAAGAAGUUUUGGAGGAUGUGUUGAAUGAAAGGGAUAAAAAAUUAGUGCUAAGUAUUCCUCUAAAUUCUGCAACAAAUAAUGAUGGCUGGUACUGGUGUAAAGAAAAAUCUGAAACUUCUCUUCACUUGUUUGUGCACUGCUCUGUUGCAAAGGCCUGCUGGAGUAAUAUGGGAAUAAGAGGUAUGGACUCAACUGAUGCGACUUUUGCAGCUUGGUUCCAAUCGGGUCUUGCUAAAUGGGAUGCUGCAACAAAAAUAGAAGUAUCCAUGCUGUGUUGGUCUCUAUGGAAGUUCAGAAAUGAUAAAGUCUGGAAUGCAAAGUCACCUUUGGUGGAAGAAAUUGUAACAUCAGCGAAACUCACCUUAGCUAACUGGAUAAAUGCUCCAAAUCGUUUUCAAACUACCCCUAUAAGUCAUAGCAGGGUAGAUAACAAUGAGCAUUGGACUCCUCCUUCGUUUCAAAAGCUUAAGGUUAAUGUUGAUGGGGCCAUUUUUCAACAAGAGGAAAGAUUUGGGGCAGGCAUGGUGGCUCGAACAAGUGCUGGUGCACUUCUGGAGGCUCGGCAAACCAGUUUUUCUGGUGUAGUUGCACCGAUUAUGGCUGAAGCAGUGGGAAUAAAGGAGGCCUUGAGUUGGAUUAAGAGCAAGGGAUGGAGAGAUGUGAUUGUGGAAACCGAUUGCCUCAAUGUUGUCAAUGAUAUUAAUUCUAACAAACCAAUGAUUUCUCCAUAUGGGUUUGUGAUUCAUGAUUGUAAGGCACUCUUAGUAGAUUUAUUGUCUGUUUCAAUUGUUUUUGUUAAGCGAUCCGCGAACAAGGUUGCGCAUGCUUUGGCUCGUAAUUCUGUUCAUACAGCUGAUUGUACAUUCAGUGUGGCUACUUUGCCAUCUGAAAUUUCAUCCUUGAUUUUGGAUGACUUAUGUUAA